AUGGCUGGGGCUCGCGAUGAGCCGUGGGACAAGUCGUUUCCACCCGGGAAAGACUCGAAAGUGCACUGGAUGGAUGCUUGGAACCAGAGUGUGCAGGAGUGGGAUGGAGGGGGAAGGGCAAUACAGGAGGCCAAACAGCCAGUGUCUGGGAGAAGAGGAGACGAGAAGAAGAGAAGAGAAAAGGAGUAUAGAAGUUUGAAGGGGAGGAAGGAGGUGAUAAUGAUGACGACGUUGUGGAGAAGAAGAGAGGAGAGGAGAGACGACGAAGAAGAAGAGGAGGAGGAGGAGGAGGAGGAUAAGUUGAGGGAGACGAGAGAUGGAGCAGAGCAAGCAGCCGCAUCGGACGUUACAGAACACAAACAAACACGGAUACCAUACCAUACAAUAAUACACGAUAUGACAAGACAUGCGAGACGCGAGCCAGCCAGGAUGAGCAGGCCAGGGUCUUAG